UUUAUUUUAAUAUCUUUUUUGUAUUUAUGGGGUCAUUAAGGAGGUCGUGGGUUCGAGUCCUCUUGUCGAAAUUAUUUUUUAAAUUUUUUGAAAGGACAAAAGUAGACCUCUUUGAGCAUUGUUAUAAGAAUAUUGGGAUAAACAGUUUUUGUUACACUAGAAAAUACCCUCCGGGCAUCAUUUGGUUUUCAUUAGUAUGGCUGUUGGUAGUCCUCGGUUCAGUUCCGAAUCGACAACCCUAAUUAUGAGCGAUAUGCCCAACAAUAACUGUCAAGAGAGGGCAGGAAGAAACAACAUUUCUAAUUUUACUAAAAAAUCCACACCUUCAACCUCAUUCACAACAAGAGCACGUAGAUCUAAUUGUCAACAAAUACAACAGAAAAAUACAAAGGAUGAUGGCGACAGUGCUGUUGAUUUGGAUGGAUUGAACAAUAAGGAUUUUAGUGAUAAUGAUGAAUCAAUUGAAGGAACCAGCAAUUCUACUUCACCAAUUUACACAAUCCAUCAAUUAAAUAAUAACAACGAUUCUUCUUUAAUUACUUCUAUUCUUCAAGAAAUUCAAUUGCCUCAUGAUGGUUCUGAUGAUUCUUCAUUUGCUCCACAAAUUGAUAAUCAAUCGUAA